AUGGUAAUGGAAGGAGUGUCCUUUGCUGAGUGUGGUUCGGGCCCGCACGGAUUGAAGACCAUGGAUUUUGAGGGACAUCAGGCCAUGGUGGGAUUUGGUGACAGGAAGGAAGGGGAAGUGACAGUAGUGAAAACCAAGGGGCCCAACCAGCAGUUCACUCCAUGGGGACAUCAGCAGCCUCAACCAGAAAAUGAUAAGGCACCUGGCAGCCAGGAACAUCGCGGGAGGGGGGGCGGUCGCCGGGCGCGGGGACUCACGCGCACCCGCCUGCUCGCGCCCGCCCGGCAGGUGUUCCGAGUGGAGGUGCGGUUCCGCGGGCGCAGACACACGGUGCCGAGGCGCUACAGCGAGUUCCACGCGCUGCACAAGCGGAUCAAGAAACUGUACAAAGUGCCCGAAUUCCCCUCGAAACGCCUGCCCAACUGGAGGACCAGAGGAUUGGAGCAGCGGCGGCAGGGCUUGGAGGCCUAUAUCCAGGGUGUCUUGUACCUGAACCAGGAUGUGCCCAAGGAGCUACUGGAAUUCCUGAGUCUUCGGCACUUCCCCACAGAUCCCAGGGCCAGCAGCUGGGGAGCUCUGGGGGAGUUCCUGCCUAGGGACAGCAGCUCGCAGCUGCACCACCGGCCUGUUGUCAGCUUCUGCAUGGAUCCCUACAUUUGCAUCUCACCUCCAGAACCUCUGCCCAAUGUGGUGGUAAAUGGCGUGCUCCAGGGUUUCUACGGCUUCAGCACCAGCACAGCUGACACCCAGUCAGAGGCUCCCUAUCACCCUGCACCUUUGCCACCGAUGCCUUGACCAGCUCAGGGGCCUUUGGACCACCUGCCAAGACAGUCAUAUGCCUCAGUCCUGUGAGCCCCAUAAAAGACAUGGGCUGGGUCCCCCUUGGCUUGGAUCCAGGA